AUGACAUCUUCAUCAAAAGAUUAUGGAAAACCUAGCAAAGAUGAUUGUCAAAUUCAUGUUGAUAAAGAAGGUGAAUCAUGUGUUAUUAAAAUUGAAAGUGUUGGUCAAGAAAAAAUGCUCAAAGAAUUAUUAGAUCGUUUUAAUAGUUUAAAAAAUGAACUUGAUCAAUUAUUAAUUGGACAAGAAAAACAACAACAACCAAAAGAUAUAAUUAAUGCUAUAGAAGAUAUGACAAUUAAAUUGAAACCAUUAGAAGAUCAAUUACAAAAAGUUAAUAAACAUAUUGGUGAUGAUCAUAUACAAUUAAAUAAAUUACAUACAGAUUUAAAUAAAAAAUUUGAUGAAAUUAAACAAGAUUUAAAUCAUUUUAAAGAACAACAAAAAAAUUUCGGAUUAUCAAAAGAUAUAAUUGAUAAAAUUUUACAAAAAUUAGAUAAUCUUGAUAAAAUUUUAAAAAAUUCUCAUGAUGAAGAACAAAAAAAUCUUUUAAAUGAUUUACAAAAUUUAAAACAACAAAUUUCAACAAAAAAUGAUUUAAAACCUAUAAUUGAUGCUAUUCAAACUUUUCAAAUAUCAUUUGAUAAAGAAAAAACAAAACCUGAUAUACUUGCACGAAAAUUAGAUUCAAUUGAUCAAAAAUUAAAAGAAUCUCAUCCUGAACAUAUUGGACUUAUAAAAGAUAUUCAAACAAAAAUUGAUUCAUUAAAUAAAAUAACACCACAAACAAAUGAAACAUUAACAAAAAUAAAUGAUCGUGUUAAAAAUUUACAUGCUGAUACAAUAAAAUCUCAUCCUGAUAUUAUGAAAAAAUUAGAUGAUAUUAAUCAUCAUGUACAAAUUCAACAAAAUUCUAUUAUUGAACCAAUGAAACAAUUUUUAAAUGAAAAAUUAAAUCCAUUUAUUGAACAACAAGUUAAAAAAGAUGAAGAAGAAAAAUUAGGCUCUCCAAAUAUUGCUGAAAGAGAUAAUGAUAGUAAUAGUCCAAAUCGUGUUCCUUUAUGUAUAAAUGGAAUGAUACCUGUUCUAUUUAAAUUAUCUGAUUCGAAUGUCCUUCAAACAUUCACAAGUGAUAUUACAAAAAAAUUAGAUGAUAUUCAAAAAAAAUUUUCAUUAUCAGAUGAAUUUCAACGAAAACAAAAUGAUUUUAUUGGAAAUAUUUCUAAACAACAAACACCAUUAAUUGAUGAAAUAAAACAUUUAACACCAAUAUUAGAUAAAUUAAAUAAACAACAAGAAAAAGAUUCAGAAAAUUUCAAUCGAGAACUUGAUAAAUCAUUUCAACCUAUUACACAAAAAUUAAAUGAUCUAUCGAAACAACAAGAUUUACUUAAAAAUAUUGAUUCAAAAUUAAAUUAUUUAUCACAAAAUAUUCAAAAGGAAAAUGAUUCGAAAAAACGAUCAGAUACACAAACGGAUAUUGGUAAAGAAAUUUCUCUUCGUACUCAAUCAUUUCAACAAGCUCUUGAUAAUUUCUCAAAACAACAACAACCAUUAAUGGAAACUAUUCAUGAAUUACCUAAAAAACUUGAUGAUAUUCAUCAAUUUCAAACACAAUCAAUUAAAGCAAUUAAAGAUGGUCUUGAUCAACAAAUACAAAAUAAAGAUCGAGAUAAUCAAACUUUAAUGAAUAUUGAAAAAAGAUUAAAUCAAACAUUAAAUGAUUCACCAAAACGAACUGAUGUUAAUCAAGAUAUUGAAAAAGCACUUCAUCCAUUUUCACAAAUAAUUAAAACAUUAAAAGAAAAUAUUGAACAAUCUCAAGUCCAACAACAAACAGAAACAAAAAAACUUGAUAAUCUUGAAGAACGUUUAUCAAAAUCUUUUGAUACAACAUCAAAAUCAUCAGAUAUGAUUAAUCCUAUUAUGAAUAAAUUAAAUGAAUUAUUAACUAAUAUAAAACAACAACAGCAACAAACAGAUCCAAUAAUAAAAAAAUUAUCUGAUGAUUUACAAAUUAUUAAAACAUGUAUAGAAAAACAAGCAACAUCUGAUGAUAUUUUAUCAAAAAUAAAUGAAAUAACACAAAAAUUAAAAACUCCUUUAGAAGCAUCACUUAGAGAUAUUCAUUCAAAAGUUGAACCACUUCAACAAACUUCAAAAGAUUCACUUGAUAUAAAAAAAAAGAAUGAUGAUAUUAUUCAUAAAAUUGAUAAACUUAUUGAUCCUUUACAUAAAGUAAAUGAUCAAAUACAAUAUAUUACUCAAAAAAUUGAUCAAAUUCAACCAAAACAAAAUGAUGAUCUAUCACAAAAAACAUCAAACGAUUUAAUAAAUACAAUUAAUAAAUUAGAUGAUCAAUUUCAUAAACAACAACAAACAAAUAAAUUAUUAAAUGAUAUUCAGAAUAAAUUAAUACAUUUAAAUAAUAAUUUACCUAUAUUAAAUUCAUUGAAAAUUUCACUUGAUAAAUUAAAAGAAAAUGAUAAUAUUAAUAAUAAUGAUUCAAUAAAAAAUAUAAAUGAUCGAUUAAAAAAUCUUGAUGAAACAAUAAAAGGAUUAUCUGAUCAAAUAUUAUUAAAAUCUAAACGUUCAAAUUAUGAUGAUGAAAAAAUAAAUACUGCUAAUCUUCGACAAGUUCCAUUAAGUCAAUCAGUUGUACAAAAUUCAAAUAAUUUAAUUGCUUCAUCAGAUGAUCAAAAAGCAAAUUUAUUUGCAAAUUUAUUAACACUUCAAACAGCUAUUCAAUGUUCAGAAAAAUUUUCAUGUCAACAUAUUCCACAAUAUUUCAAACGAAUUGAACAAUCUUCAUUAGUACAAAAUGAUCAAGAUUUACAAGAAUUAGUAAAAUGUGUUAAAGAUCGAUGCUUAGAUACUAAUUAUAUAACAUACAAUCCUAAUGUACAAACUAGUGAUCCAAAUAAAGAUUCUACGAAUCGUAUGAAUUCUUUAAAUAAUAGUAUUAAUAAUAAUCCAAUUGAACAACGUUCUGAUAAGAAUAAUAUUAAUCGAACAAAUGAAAAUAAAGUUUCAUUACCAUUCGAAUAUUUAACAAAAUCACGUUAUAUAUCAUUCAUAUCAGAACAAUCAAUACGUGAUAAUUGGUCUAAAUUAUCUCAACGAGCACAAUCUAUUAUCGAAGUAAUUAUAAAUCAACCAUAUGAAUUUGAUAAUGGAACAAAUAUUGAUCGUCUUAUUAAACAAAAUAAUCUUGAACAAUAUGCAUUAUUAACACGAAAUGCAAUUGAAAAAUCUGAUAAAGAUUAUGAUAAAAUUUGUUAUAUGAUGGAUUCAAUUGUUUUUGAUAAAAUGACAAUGAUUGGUUGUCGAGAAGCAUUAAUACGUCCUUGGAAUCCAUCAUUACUUAAUCGAGCAUCAUCAAAAGGAUUUUAUCCUUUUCUUUCGGGUAAUGGUCGUCAAGAAGAAAGAUUUAAUGUAAAUAAAGAUAUAUCAUUAUGGAUGGUUGAAACAGAUGAUACAAAACCAUAUUAUCCAACAGAAUUUAUGCCAAAUUUAGGACGUUUAAAUGAUAAAUAUGAUAAAAUUCAACAACCACAAUAUAAUGAAAUUCGUUUAAAAAGACGUGAUGAUGAAACACGUUGGAAUGAACGAUAUGCAUUUACAAAAGAUAAUCGAACAAUUUUAUUUGUUAAUGAUCUUCGAUCAUAUUUUAUGGAUUAUGAUACAAAACGAAAAUAUCAAGUACAUGAUGGUGUUCCAAUUAAUCCUGUUUGUCGAACAGGAAUUGCUGGUCGUGGAGAUUUACCUUUUUGGGGACCAAAUCAUUGUGUUGUUGUUGUUUUAUUAAGAAAUAUUAAUGAUCCCGAAGUUGUUUUAAUGCGACAUCAUGGUGAUGCUCUUGUUUUACCAAAAGGUUUUUAUGGUCAUGAAGCUCGUUAUGAUAAUCAAAUAAAAAUAAUUCAAGAUCCUGUUUCAGGACAAAUUCUUCCACCAAAUUUAUUAGAUUAUUGGUGGUUAAAAAUUGUUAAAUUAAAUGAAAUAAAUCAUUCAAUAAAUAAUCUUAAACGUGUUUUAAAUGAUAGAGAAUUAAAAGAAGAAUUUGCUGAAAUAUUUUCACAAAAAGGAUGUAAUAAAAGUGUUUUUGACAAUGGUUAUGUUGAUCAUCCAUUAAAUACAGAUCAUGCAUGGGUUGAAUCAAGUGUAUGGAAAAUACAAUUUAAAGAUUGGCGUAUACCUGAAAUGAAAUCAGCAAAAUAUGCUAUUGCUGAUGAUUUGAAAAAUAAUAAUAAUACAUGUCCAUUUGUUUGGAUGAAAUUAAUUGAUGCAAUGUUAAUUGUACCUCAUUUUGAUCGAGGUAUUCUUGUCGAUGUACUUGCUACUGGAAUGCCAUUAUAA